CCAGCAGGCCAUUGAUAACUUGACUGAUUUCUUUUUUAGUCGGGAGAGACCAGGGGCAAUUCCGUUCCAGUUCCAACUUGGGGUUGGACAAGUCAUUCAAGGAUGGGAAAAAGGUCUAUUGGACAUGUGUGCAGGGGAGAAGCGAAAGUUAUCCGUUCCCUCCAGAUUGGCCUAUGGGGAACACGGCUCAGCACCAAUCAUCGCCCCCAAUUCUGAUUUGGUGUUUGAGGUAGAGCUGAUCCAGAUCCAUGACGGACCAAAGCCACCAAACGUAUUCAAACUCAUAGACAUCGACAGUGACAACCACUUGACCAAGGAUGAAGUAAGUAUCAGACUCGGGACGUGCUGA